AAAUUCCACCACUGCAGCAAGAGUCAAGUCACACUUGUUUUCACUCAUCUGCGUGAAACUAAACAGGUUGUCAAUGAUUUAAUCCAUCGGGAACGCACUUUUACCCACUGUUCUGACUCGAGGUGGAUCCGUUGCGUGUAGUGGCUUUGCCUUCUUUCACCCGGUGUCAAUUAAUGAGGCGGUUGCUAAGAGAUGAUGCAUUAUACUGCUGAAAGCAUCUGAUGCUUGUUUAGCCUGUAAGCACGACUUCUUUUGAGAUCUGUCUCCGGUGCACCUGACUCAUGUGAACACCGCUACUGGGUUUAGGAUGGCGCAGCGAGGGCACGGAAGCACCAAAGAGCCCCUCAAACGUGAGAGUGAGUGGCCAAAGCGGGAGAGCGGGCAUGUUGGUCAAAACACUGUCCUGGAGAAAACGCACGAGUUCUUCCAGGUCUGUGACAUCGAGAAAAAGGGCUUCAUCACCCGACGUGACAUGCAGGUGAGUGAGAGACUGCUUGGCGAGCUCCCUCUCAGUGCGGACGAGCUGGAGAAAGUGUUUGACACCCUUGAUUCUGACAGCAAUGGAUUUCUAACCCUCGAUGAGUUCUCCACUGGCUUUAGUGAUUUUUUGUCUGGCAGGAAUAUUUCUUUAAAGGCCGACAUGGGGGAUAAACCCCACUGCGUAAAGUCUCCUGAGGUCCUUUACCGCAGCCGGUGGGAAGAGAGCACGGUGACCUCAGAGGAUGAAGAGGAGAAACAUUUUUCCAUGCUGAUGGAGAGCCUCGGAGCCAACAACGUCUUUGAAGAUCCUGCAGAAGUACGCAGCUUGUGGGCUCAGCUACGGCGAGACGAACCACACCUUUUAUCCAAUUUUGAAGACUUCCUGGCGAGGGUAACAUCCCAGAUAAUUGAGGCUAACCAGGAAAACAGGGAGAUGGAGAGCGCCCUGAAACGAAAAGCAGCUACACAUGACGAUGAGAUCCAUCGCCUCUACGAAGAAAUGGAGCAGCAAAUAAAGAAUGAAAGAGAAAGGGUUGUUCUGCAAGACUACAAGAGGUUUGUGUCUCGCAGUCAAGACCUUGAAAGAGAGCUGAUCACCAAGGAGAAAGACUUAGAGCAGCUCUUUCAGAAGCAAAGGAGGUUAGAAGAUCAGUGUAAGGAGCUUCACAGUGAGCAACACGUGACCAAGGUGGAGAACGUGAAGCUGAAGAAGACAAAUGAUGAACUCGCCAAGGAACUGGAUCACACUAGUCAAGAGUUGCUCUUGGCACAGGAGCAGCUGAGUCUGCUCCAUGAGCAGUCCACAAGACUCAAUGAGGAGAGGGAGUUGGAAAUAUACAGACUGACGGAGGGACUCCAGCGUGAGCGAGCAAGCCUCCUCAAACAACUGGACCUGAUGAGGGAAAUGAACAAACAUCUACGAGAUGAAAAAGACAUUUUCAUUCAGAAACCCCCAAAUUGUAAAAAUACAGGAUUACAACCAAGGUCUUUAUUUCAUGCUGGGAGACACACCUACUUGCCUGAAAGUGAGGAGGAAGAUGUAAGGCAGAAUCCGGUCAACGUGUCAAGCAAUUCAGGUAGUCCUAAAAUGACCAGAGGUUACCUGCAGAGGAUCAUCUCUAUUGAGGAGGACCAUCUCCCACAUUUGCUCCAAAAUGCCACUCAGACCCAAAUCGUUCUGCAGCCAUUUAUUGAAGGCGAGGAAGUGUCAGACCAUGACGAGAAUAUAGACUUGGUGAUGAGUGAUAUUUACCCUGUUCAGUUGCAACUGUUUAAGGGAGCUGGAGAAAGAAGUCAAACUCCAUUGUCUCCAAGGGGCCAACCUGUCGGCAAGGAGACCAGCAUAAAUGAGGAAAGCAGUCUGUCACUGCCCGAGCGGCUCUUUAAAAUCGUUCUGGUGGGAAACUCUAGUGUCGGAAAGACCUCCCUCCUUCGACGCUUUUGUGAUGGCUGUUUCCACCCCGACACUUGUGCUACAGUUGGUAUAGAUUACAGCGUGAAGACAAUAAUGGUGGACAACAGCCAGGUGGCGCUGCAGGUCUGGGAUACCGCAGGGCAGGAACGGUAUCGAAGCAUCACCAAGCAAUUUUUCCGCAAAGCUGAUGGUGUGGUUGUGAUGUAUGACAUAACAGUUGAGCAGAGUUUCACAGCUGUUAGACAGUGGCUGACAAGCGUGAAGGAGGGCUCAGGCGAAGACAUACCUUUAAUGCUGCUGGGAAACAAAACUGACUUAGAAAUUACGAGACAAGUGCAUAAAGCAAUGGGCAUGAGACUAGCUAAGGACUGUCAGAUGACUUUCUUUGAGUGCAGUGCAUGCUCAGGGUAUAAUGUGAUGGAGGCUAUGCUUCAUUUGGCUAGAACCCUGAAAGAGCAAGAGGAUCGAGACAAAGAGAAGACUGUCCAGUUGGUCAGAAGCUCACUGGAGAAGAAAAAAUCCUGCUGCUAACAAAUACUCUCUUUGCACACUUGCCUUUAUUAUUCUAAAUGUCAACAAAACUCUCAUCGGUCGGUGCACGUCAAAUUAUUAUCAUAUCAAAGAAAGACAAAUAAUUGAACGUUUUAAAAGUUGACUUUGUGUCUAUCACAUCCUGGCAGGAUUUUUAUUAGAUAUAGAUUAAUCCACGGGGAUAUUUUUCCACACAAUUCCUUAUUUUGGAGUCAAGUGUAACAUAUCUGUAAAAUGUGAAAUACUGCUGAGUUUUCUUGAGGCCGGUUUUUAAGUUAUCGGUGUCCUGGGGCUAUUCUGAACACUGCAUAAUUCAAUUGUUUACUGGGUUUAUCUGAAUGUUGUCGUGUGAUUUGCUGCUUAUUUGUUCCUUUGUAAUUUAAUGUUUGUAAUAUUAUGGAAAGCAAUUUGUUGGAUAGUUGCAAUUAUUGACUUUUUGGAGACAGUCAAAUUUGUUUGAUUGUAAAAAUACAUGCAUCUACUUGCCAAGUAUUUUAUACAUAUUAUGCCCCUCAUUAUUUAAUGUAAUACCAAGUAUGUAUGUGAUUUUGGAAUUCAAAUACUAUUGUAUUGUUAUUGUAAUUGAGUCACUAUUUGUGGUUCACUCCCACAACUCUCUAGCACUUCACUCUUAUGUGUACACUGAGAUGUUUAAUUAUUGUAACAAAAAUAAAGAAUUGGGUGUAAAGGA